AUGGAACUUUUUAAACUUGAAAACACAUCAAAAGCAUUCAAUCAUGCUGAUGCAUCUAAUGAAGGAUCUUUAACAAAACAUCAAUACAAAAUAGCAAUGACGGCAUUGUUUGGUUACUCCCCUAAUAAACCCGAGAUAAAUUAUGUUUUCCGCUCUUCUUCAAAUAAAAGGAUUUCGCUCAAGGAAUUCGAGUAUUGGGUAUUUAAAAAAUGUCCUAUAGGUCAGUCGAUGAUUAGUUUAGAAACUAUAUUUGGUUUAAUAGAUAAUGAUAAUAAAGGAUAUUUGACAAUGACAGAUUUAUGGAAAGCUAGUGAAGUUAUUAACAUGAGAAUAUCACCAUCGAUAUGGUAUAAAACAUUUAAAGAAUUAGAUCAGUACCAAAAGGGAUAUAUUGAUCUGGCUGAG